UGAUAACAGGAGGACACAGUGAUUGUAAAGGAUUAUAUAAUUGCAUUUAUACUGUGAUCGUGUUUAAGAACUUCAGAGAACUAGGCAUUUAAUCAUGGAGGAGAACUACAGCAGCCUACAGGAGUUCACAGAGGAUAGCCACUCAGCCACAGGAAACAAACCUAUACUCUACACAUCACACAACGGACAAGCUGGUACUAUUAAAAGAGUGGAGUGGAUGAGGAGACAGAUGGUGAUUUUCCUGAUCAUCACGCUGCUCAUUUCGUUAUGUGUUAACAUAGCACUGGCUGUUUUCUUGGUUAAAAGGAACCCCAGCAGUCCCCCCAGCGUGGUGACUACACAAAGUCCACUCUCUGAGGAAGGCAUUCAGUCUCUGCAACAGUUGUCCCUGCAGGAGCGCUUCUCCCGCCUCUGCGCUGACUACACCAGCCUCGGAAAGACCUGUUCAACAGAGGUGAAGCAGUGCAUGCCGUGUCCUGAUGGCUGGAGACAUAUAGAAGAGAAAUGCUACUUCUUUAGCGAUGACAAACUAGACUGGAUCAGGAGCAAGGAGAGCUGUGCAUCUAUGAAUAGCUAUCUAACAAUACUUCACACGCAUGAGCAACAUCUUGCUCUGGAGAAAAUAGCCCGCAGUUUGAGUGGCUUCGACUACUAUUACUGGAUCGGCCUGUCAGACAUUGAAGAGGAAGGCGUGUGGAAAUGGGUGGACAAAACACUAGUCAAUAAAACGUACUGGAAUGAAUGGGACGGAGAGCCCAAUAAUCACCAGUCUGGAGGGCUUCAUGGUGAAGACUGUGCCGUGCUGAAUUCUCACUCGAAAUCCUGGUUUGAUGUGCCUUGUGACCACAUCUACAAACGCAUCUGUGAGAUGGAUGCCGUCACUGUAAACUGAUUCACAGAGCCAUUAAAGAUAGAAAAUGAAAUAGUACUCUCAAAAACACUGAAUUUUUUUUUUUUAUAUGAAAAAACAGUGUUGUGCUGCGUAUACUUCUGAAAGUGUUCUUUUGUACCUUUGUGCUUAUCCUCUAAAAAUGAAGCGAUUUGACAGAGUUUCAGUUCUUCUGUAAAUAAAGAUUGCAACACUGGCAUGAGGAGACUUUGGACGGAUUUGUUUGCAGCGUUGAUGCCAGAAGUGCUAGAUCAGCUUUUGGGUUGAUACAGACAACAUGAGAAAAAAACAACACUGCCUGAUUUGUGUGUUUUCUAACAGGGUUUUGCUUCAUACUGCUUUCAGACUCUGACCUCUGUACUAGCAUGAGGAUGUUUUUGAUGGAGACUAUAAAGCUCUUCUGUAAGUCACUGGAUAAAGACAUCUGCUAAAUCCUGGAAAUGUAAAUCUCUUUUGCAGUGUCCAAGAAUCUUUUUUGUUUUGUUUUGUUUUGUUGGAUUGGAUUUGUUAUCCCUGUCUUUGCCAUAAUCAUAAUUCCAGAUUUAGAAUACAGUACAGAGUACUGUGAACAUUUUGUACAAAAAUCAAUAAAAUCGGCUAGCUAACGGCCUACCUGUAAGUAUUUCCGCAGAUUGGAUGUUGAACUGUAAAAUGCCGACAUCUCCACAGGUUUUGACUCGCACAAUUUGCAGAUCAUUAUCAUGUUUUUUCCUUUGAAGCUAAAACUGAUAAAUUGGGCUGAGGAUGCUCAUCUGCCUCCACUGUCUCAGACAUGGCUACAGCUGACUAAGCAUUUGCUGCCUGACGUGUGGACUUUCUUGUUUUGAUUGGGUCUUGAAAUUUUAGUAUUUUUAUUAUUUUUUUAUUUACCCAUACUGUCUUUUAAUUGGCAUACAGUCUUAUAGGGUUAAACUAGUGACAUACUGUAUAUACAGUCAUUGAGUUAAAUGCAUGUAAAUGUACUCAUUAUCAAAAAUAAAUGUAGCAAAGUUUAAUAUUU